AUGGCCUGCCCUCCGUUAGGUGCUUUCCAGAUUGGCUGGAUCUGCACUCUCCCGAUCGAGGCCGCCGCUGCCGCUGAAAUGCUGGACGAGAAAUUUGGAAUUCUCGAGGAGCAAGACGCAGCGGAUUCAAAUACCUACACAUUGGGCCGAAUUGGUAAACACCACGUCGUGAUCGCCUGCCUUCCCGGAGGGCAAUACGGAACCACCUCAGCCACUACUGUCGCAAACAAUAUGAUUCGUACAUUCUCAAAGUCACUUCGAAUCGGACUGAUGGUCGGUAUCGGGGGCGGAAUCCCGUCCGCUGCUCAUGAUAUUCGCCUCGGCGACGUCGUGAUUAGCUACCCCCAAGGCACUUUUGGUGGGGUGAUCCAAUAUGAUAUGGGGAAGGUCAUUGCAGGGGGGGGGAAUUUGAACGAACCGGCAAAACAAGAUCAUCCUGCCAAUGGGAAUAGCUGCGAUGAAUGUCCAGCGGAGUGGGAAGAAACGAGAAGUGAGCGUGAGGACAGUGACCCACAACCACACUACGGCAUCAUUGCAUCUGGAAAUGCUGUGAUCAAACAUGGAUGGACGCGUGAGCAGCUGAGGCUGGAGACUGGGGCAUUGUGUUUUGAGAUGGAGGCGGCUGGUUUGAUGAUGGAUUUUCCAUGUAUCGUCAUCCGUGGUGUUUGCGAUUACGCCGAUUCACAUAAGAACAAACAGUGGCAAGGAUACGCAGCCUUAGCAGCAGCAUCCUAUACAAAAGAGCUGCUGGGCUAUGUCCCUUUGGGCCACAUAUCGCAAGAGGAAUUAGUGGUGGAUAUUUGUAAUGGUUUCAGAAACGAAAUUCAGGGUACUAAUCAACGCCUGGACCGAGCAUACGAUCAACAAGAGCAACACCAUUGUGAAGGUGUAAAUAGAGCCUCGGCAGAUGAGCAGAAGCGUUGUCACCAAGCUCUCAAGACCGCCAAUUACGAGGAGCAAAAGAACAUCAAUCCUAAACGAGCAGAAGGAACCUGUCAAUGGGCUCUACAGAGCCCUGAAUAUAUCCGUUGGUCGAAGAGCAACUCUAAUGACCUCCUCUGGGUAUCAGCCGACCCCGGCUGCGGCAAGUCUGUACUAGCCAGAUCUAUAGUUGAUGACUAUCUUAAAGCUUCUGAUCUAGCAGUGACAAUUUGUUACUUUUUCUUCAAAGACAACGAUGAACAAAAUCAUCUUGCCACAGCGCUUUGUUCAGUACUUCAUCAGCUCUUCACCCAGCGGCCUCAUCUAUUGUCUCAUGCGACGCCAUCCUGGGAAAGGAAUGGGGAUAAGCUUCGGCAAGAGAUUAAUGAACUUUGGCGGAUAUUUCUUGCAGCAACAUCAGCUGACAAACACUUUACUAUUUGCAUUCUUGAUGCGCUCGAUGAAUGUCUUGAGAUCGAUCAGGAUCGGUUAAUUCAGAAGCUUCAGUCCUUUUACCACCCUACAAACUCAUCAACACAAGAUACCUGUUUAAAAUUCCUGGUCACCAGUCGUCCAUACGAUCGUAUACAGGAUCAUUUUAAAGCAAUCACCGAUUCCUUCCCUCAUAUUCACAUCAAGGGAGAGGAAGAAAAUGACCGAAUUCACGAGGAGAUUGAUCUCGUGGUCAAGAUUCGUGUGAGAGAGCUAGCCGAAACAGUGCCACUAUCUCCGGAUAUGCAACUGCAAGUUGAAGAGCGGCUUCUUCAAAUGGAGCACCGCACAUAUCUCUGGCUUUAUCUUGCUAUUAAUGAUAUCCGUACUACCUUCAAGCAUAGCCUUCGGCCCACAUGGAAUUCCAUCACACUCAUACCGCCUUCUGUUAAUGCAGCAUACGAAAAAAUACUCUGUCGAGUCCCAAACGAUCAGAAGGAUAUAGUUAGGAAGAUAUUGGUGAUCAUCGUAGCAGCACGGCGUCCUCUAACAAUACAAGAGAUGGCUAUGGCGUUAGGUAUUGGAACCUGCGUGGAGUCGAGAACAACAGUACAGGCUGGGCUCGAUCCAGUUCAUCUGGACAGGAAGCUUCGUCAAUUGUGCUGCCUCUUUAUCUUCACGAGGAACCAGAAAAUUUAUCUCAUUCAUCAGACAGCCAGAGAAUUUCUCAUCAAAAAGAAGAGUUCAGACAAUUGCAAUUUUGCAUACUGGAGCAGCUUGAGUGACGCGGAAGAUCUAAUGGCCCAUAUCUGUUUGCGAUACCUGUUGAUGGAGGAUUUGGAUGAUGACGAGGCCGAUUCACGAUCUUAUACCCGAGACUUACUGGAAUACUCAGCGGUUUAUUGGGGUGAUCACGUACAGAAGGUGGCUUUGACGUCAGAUAAAGAAAUGUCGGAUCUCCUGCAACGAGUAUACGAAAUGAGUGAGAAGCGGUUCGCGCUGUGGUUCGAGAUUUUUUGGGAGGCAUUCAGGCCUUUUGAGAAAAAGCCGCCGAGGAUGAAAGCACUGCACCUGGCAGCACUUAACGGCCAUGAGCAAAUGGUCCACUUUUUCCUUGAUGCGGAGCAAAAUGAUAUGAAUAGGGCAGAUGAUAUAUCAACAUACCCUCUCAUAUGGGCGUCGCUGAAUGGACAUGAGAAAGUUGUGCAAAUGCUACUCGAGCGAGGAGCCGAUAUCAACGCCUGUGGUGGACGCUACGGAAAUACGCUCCGGGCUGCCUGUUCGGAAGGACACGAUAGGAUUGUUCAGAUACUACUGGAGCGAGGAGCCGACAUCAACGCCCACGGUGGAGGCUAUGGAGAUGCGCUCCGGGCUGCCUGUUCUGAAGGAUACGAUAAGAUCGUGCAGAUGCUACUAGAGCAAGGAGCCGACAUCAAUGCCGAGGGUGGAGUCUAUGGAAAUGCGCUUCAGGAUGCCUGUUUCGGAGGACACGAUAAGAUCGUGCAGAUACUACUCGAGCGAGGAGCCGAUGUCAACGCUUACGGUGGAGGCUAUGGAAAUUCCCUCCAGGCUGCCUCUUUCGGAGGAUACGAUAAGAUCGUCCAGAUGCUAUUGGAGCGAGGAGCCGGCGUCAAUGCCCAAGGUGGAAUUUACGGGAAUGCGCUCCAGGCUGCCUCCUCGGAAGGACAAAUUAAGGUUGUACAGAUACUAUUAGAGCGAGGAGCCGAUGUCAACGCCCACGGUGGGAACUACGGAAGUUCCCUCGAGGCUGCCUGUUCGGAAGGACAUGAUGAGAUCGUGCAGAUGCUGAUAGAGCGAGGUGCCGUAGAUAUCAAAUGCUAG